GGAGGAGUGACCACUAGCCCACCAGUACAAAAUUGGCAGCAUCUCCUAUCGCUCGAUCGCAUCCCAUCUAUAUCUUUGACUGCACAUCCGUCCACCGUCUCCAUCCCGGUAGCUGUCGCCGGUCGUCGCGCGCGUCGACCCCGUCCGUCCCCGCCGUCGUCCUUUUCACGCCCCGCCGCGCCUGCACGGCCUCGCACACACCCCAUUGUAUCGGGAGGCUGCUGGUACGGUGGUAGCUAACCAUGGCUGGAGCCCCGCGCCCGCUGCUCCUAGCGCUGCUGGGCCUCGCGGUCCUCGCCGCGGCCGGCGGCGCCAAUGCCGCCGGGAGGAAGACGGUCGGCGUAUACGAGCUCAGGAAGGGCGAUUUCUCCGUCAGGGUCACCAACUGGGGCGCCACCCUCACCUCCGUCGUGCUGCCGGACUCCAAAGGGAACUUGGCUGACGUUGUCCUCGGCUACGACACCAUUGCUGAAUAUGUGAAUGGCUCUGCUUAUUUUGGAGCGCUCGUCGGACGCGUAGCCAACAGGGUUGCUGAUGCGCGAUUUGUGCUCGACGGAAAAGUCUACCAUCUGUAUGGCAACGAUGGCAAGAACGCACUCCACGGUGGCAGGAGGGGCUUCAGCAAAGUUAUAUGGACGGUGAAGGAGUACGUCGGUGGCGGCGACUCACCGUACAUCACACUGUACUACCACAGCUUCGACGGCGAAGAAGGGUUCCCCGGCGACCUGGACGUGUACGUGACGUACCGGCUGUCGGGGCCCUACGAGCUGAGCCUGCGCAUGAACGCGACGGCGCUGAGCAAGGCGACGCCGGUGAACCUGGUGAACCACGCGUACUGGAACCUGGGCGGCCACGGCAGCGGCGACGUGCUGGGCCACACGGUGCAGCUGCUCGCGUCGCGGUACACGCCCGUGGACGGCGCCCUGAUCCCGACGGGCGCGGUGGCGCCCGUGGCCGGCACGCCCUACGACCUCCGCGCCCCGACCCGCCUGGGCGCGCGCCUCCGCGAGGUCUACGGCGGCAAGGCCGGCGUGUACGGGUUCGACACCAACUUCGCCGUGGACGGGGACGCCGGCGCGCUGCGGAAGGUGGCCGUGGUCCGGGCCGGCGGCGCGUCGGGGCGGGCGCUGGAGCUGUGGGCGGACCAGCCCGGGGUGCAGUUCUACACGGGCAACUUCCUGUCUGACGUGAAGGGGAAGGGCGGCGCGGUGUACGGGCCGCACGCCGCGCUGUGCCUGGAGACGCAGGGAUUCCCGGACGCCGUGAACCACCCCAACUUCCCCUCGCAGAUCGUCAGGCCCGGGCAGGUGUACAGGCAUCUCAUGGUCUUUAAGUUUUCUGUCAGCACCCAAGAAUCAGCUGCAGUGCCUGCAGCGGAGGGCCGCCGUGUCAAGUAGCGUCCGUAUCAGAGGUGAUGAGUGGGCUCGUUAAUGGUGCCUGCGUGCACAAAUCGGGCCCGGCCCGUGUAACGGUGUGAGGGAGAACUAGUUAAAUACUGAGCGUGUGAAGGGAGAGGCAUCGAAUAAGUUGUACGAACCUUACUCCUCCAAGACAAUCUGUCCUCCGGCCGCCAUCUAUCUUGCUUCGUCCUC